GGUUUUUCAAGUGCGCUUUUCCUCAACCUCAGCAUUGCUCACGCUCAGCAUCAGAAGCCUGCAACAUCAACAGCCUAUAAGCACCACUCUAGCUCGCCCCGGAGCUCGGAUUGCUGCUAAGCGACUCGUUCAUUUCACUGCUGACAAGAGGGAUGGCAGGCGCUCACGCUGCUGACCUUGAUCUCCUGCUGAUGAGCACUCUGAUCGAGACCCUCGUGCACGCUGGUCUUACCAAGGAGGAGCUGAGGCACUACCUACCAGCAGCUCGGGACGACAUAGUGAAGGCUCACCAGAAAGGGCGCAUCGCCGUCUUUGACCCAGCCACUCGGAGAUUGAAGCGCGCGGAAGAGAUCUUCCCUGCAGGCGUCAGCAACAACCUAUCUCUGCAGUGUGUGGCGGUGGGUCUGUACAAUGGAGUCAACGUAUACAUCUGCAUUGACGCCUUGACCAACAAGAGGUGCAGAAAGAUCAAAUGGAGCGACCUGUUCCCCCGCGUGACGCGCUCGCAGAGCUUGGGGCAGAAAGGUCUGUGGGAGGCGCUGGAUUUCUUGCUGUCGCUCAUCGCCGCCAAUCGUACGCUGUGCCUUACGGUGAAGGCCUACCUGGACGGGUACUUCGUCGAGGCAGGGACGGCCGCCUGCAACACCGCCACGCGCGCACGGCUCGAGGCGUGCUUCGCCCACAUGCUGGCCGCAUUCCCGACGCCUGCUGCGAACCCCGUGCCCAACAUGGUUUCGAACGACGACACAAUGGCGUCGCCUGACGCCCUGGCUUUCGAUCCAUUGUUCAUCUGCAAUCUGCCAAACAUUGAGGAUGUGGACGAGGCGGAUUUCGCGGACUUGCUUCGAGCGUUCGGCGCCGAAGCAGCUCAGGACCAGGCGUGAGCAGUCGUCAUGUCGGGUGCCCGUGCGAGCCGUGCCGUCCCUUUGCCGCUCUGGGGACAUCGGAGCUGCCAAAGUUAUGCGCUAGUGCGUUCUUUAACUGAAAAUAUAUUUUGAGAGCGCCCGACCCCAUUGUAUUGUAAAUUUAAAUAGAGAGGACUUUUACUUGUUUCUUAGCUAGUCUUGUCAGAGUCGUGUCAAGUGCUUCCACAUUAUAAAAAAUCCGAAUUGCUGGAAACAAUAUAAUAGGAGGGGGAAUACUUUUCAAACCUGGAUAUCCAUGCUUGCCAGCUACGGGUCGGAAAUCCAGCAGUAUGAGAAGGUUCGGACUUUGCCGGUAGGUUCGCCAUAAGAAUGUACAUGAUUAUAGUCAAUAAAUGAGCUGGCAGAGUCACUCACAAACGCCGAUGAUUGCUGCCGUUCUCCUCACACCCGAUCGAAGUACCG